CAAAUGUUUUUACUGUUAAACCGAAAAUAAGCAUAUUUAGCGUUAGAAAGAACCCUGCGGCUGCGCUCUCCACUGAACCUAAACCCUCGCUAUGGCUCACAACGAGGUUUCCGCCGUAACACUCGGCGGCAAGGGUUCAUCUCUCUCUUCCUCCUCCGUCCACGCCGCCGCCACUGCCCAAUCUCAUGUCCGAAUCGAUUCAUCCGCACUCGAUAAACUCACGGCGGCAAGUUCAUCGUUGAAGCACAAAAUCACCAUCCCCGAAUUUCUAACCCUAGAAGAAACUCGGGCCUUCCUCAUCGUCCUUCUCAACAAACUCCUCCUCUGCAAAAAAUCGUCAAGCCACGUUCCUCAAUCUAUAUCGGAAGCACUCAAUUCUAAUCAACAGAGUUUCAAUUUCGAAGAGGAGCUCGAUGUAACCGAAGAAGAACACUCGAUCCUUGUGAACAAUGCGUGUUCGGCAUUGCUUGGUGUUGCUGCUGUACUGGAUCAUCGAUCGGCGGCGCUGUCUGCAUUUGCUGAUGUGGCGGCGGCGUUUUCGUGUGAGGCGUUGAAGGCUGAUGUGAAGGUUUUCGAUUUGAUGGAUUCCGGUGAUGGACAUAGUUCUAAGGAGGAAGUUGGUGUUGCUGGUGAUAUGAGGAUUUUGCUUAAUGGUUCGAAGUUUGUGGGAAAAGAAACGAUUGGUUCGGUUGUGAAAAUUCCUAAAGUUCAUGGGAUUAUUAGGGAGAAGGCGAAAUUGGUGCAUUCUAGAAUGCGAGUUGAGUUGAAUUCGGAUCAUAAUUUAGGGAAAAAUGAGCGCGGUAGUGAACAUACUGUGUGCAAUGUUUUGUUGCCUUUGGCAAUGGCAUUGAGGGAAUUGGGUGAGUGUAGUUUUGCACGCGCGCAAAGUAACUUGUUGUCCAUUAGUAGCGAUGCUUUGAAAUCGAGUAUCGGCGAAAUAUUUGCUAAGGAAUGCCCUACUGAUGCUAGUUUGGUUAGCAGUUUUAAUGAAUCUUUUCAUUUGUAUUCUGGAAGGGUUUAUGAUAAGUUUGCACAUGAAAUUAAUGUGCUUUUUUCGCUUGUGUGGAAAAUUGUGGCAUGGGAACUUUUGACUGCUUAUGCCGUACUUGAGGCUGCUGAGCUGAAUGAAAAGAUCCCAGAAGUUCGGGAAAACGGAGAGCAUUCCAAAGUGGAAAAGAAGAAAAAGAAGGCUGUUUUGGGGAAAGGAACUAGUUCGAUUUUGCCGUUGAUUAAGGACAGGUUGCAGGGUGAAAAACAGAGUCCUGUAGAGAAUUCGCGGCCAUUGGAGAUUUGGGUUGCAGAUUUUCUAUCAUUUUUGGAUUUGGCUAAACCUGAAUUCAACGAAUUUUUAUUGAAAGUGAAAGAUAUUGUAGAAAGCAAUGAAAGCAGAAGAUUGCCCAAGAUUCCUAAGGGGACUCGUGAUUUUGCUAAAGAACAAAUGACAAUUAGAAAGAAAGCAUUUUCAGUAAUAGAAGAAAUUUUUGAGAGGCAUGGCGCUACAUCCUUGGAUACUCCUGUCUUUGAAUUGCGAGAAACUCUAAUGGGAAAAUAUGGAGAAGACUCGAAGUUGAUUUAUGACCUUGCUGAUCAGGGUGGGGAGCUCUGUUCUUUGAGGUAUGACUUGACAGUUCCAUUUGCUAGAUAUAUGGCUAUGAAUGGUCUGACAUCUUUAAAAAGGUACCAAAUAGCUAAGGUCUACAGAAGGGACAACCCAUCUAAGGGAAGAUUCCGUGAAUUUUAUCAAUGUGACUUUGAUAUUGCUGGUCCUUCUGAAAAAAUGGGCCCAGACUUUGAGGUUGUUAGAAUUUUGACUGAAUUGCUUGAUGAGCUGAACAUUGGGGAUCACGAGAUAAAGUUGAAUCAUAGAAAGUUACUGGAUGGCAUGAUGCAAAUAUGUGGAGUACCUUCUGAAAAGUUCAGGACUAUAUGUUCAAGUAUUGACAAGCUAGACAAGCAAUCCUUCGAACAGAUAAGAAAAGAAAUGGUAGAAGAGAAAGGACUAACUGCUGAGACAGCUGACAGAAUUGGAACUUUUGUUAAAGAAAAAGGACAUCCUUUAGCAUUAUUAUCUAAACUUAAAAAAGAAGGCAGUGCUUUCUUAGAAAAUGCUGGAUCUGUUGAUGCAUUGAAUGACCUGGAAAUUUUAUUUAAAGCUCUGGAUAAAUCAAAACGCCUUGAUAAGGUGGUUUUUGACUUGAGUCUUGCCAGAGGUCUUGAUUAUUAUACUGGAGUUAUAUUUGAAGCUGUUGUUAAAGGGGGUUCUGAGGUUGGUUCAAUUGCUGCUGGUGGCCGAUAUGAUAACCUGAUAGGGAUGUUUGGUUCAAAGCAAGUUCCAGCAGUUGGCGUAAGUCUGGGAAUUGAGAGGGUAUUUACCAUAAUGGAGAAACAGCAGAAGGAUCAAAACCAGGUGGUUCGCCCAACCAAGACAGAAGUCCUAGUGAGCAUAUUAGGGAAUGACGUAACCCUUGCCGGAGAGUUAGCUGGUGAACUUUGGGAUGCUGGGGUGAAAGCAGAGUUCUUGGUCAACAAAAGAAGACCAAAGCACUUUGACUAUGCCAAAGAAUCAAGAAUCCCUUGGAUGAUACUUGUUGGUGAGCAGGAAAUAAAAGAAGGCACAGUGCAAUUGAAAAACCUCGAGGCAGGUAAUGAUGUAAACAUAAACAUCCCUAGAGAAAAUUUCGUUGAGGAACUUCGGAGACGGUUAAACCCAUAAGGCCCGGCAUUUACAGCAUCCUCUACUUAGCAUGUGUUUGGGAGUAGACAUUUUCCCCAUGUAUUUGGCAGCAAUCUAAGUUAUGUGAGACAGCUUCUCAAGUGGCAUCAUGAUUACAUCACUUCUCAAGUUCUUCGGCGUUCAUUUGUAUGUUUGAAGGAGUAUAGGUUAACACUUGAAGUUUCAUAUUCAUUUAGCAAAUUUUGUUGAGAAAAUAGCUUUUGUUACCAAGAUGUUGAGGUUGUUAUGUGGAGUAGAUUAAUCGAAACCUGGCACCCAACUGAAGUAGGAAAAUAACGAUCCCGUUUAGCCUAUCGCACCACUAUUUUUCAGCUUCUAUUGUUCCAUGAACUUUAUUUAAGUUUUUUAUUUUAUAUAUAUGUGAACUCUUAAGAUUUGUUUCUUUU